CCAUGGGGACUCUGAGGCCCUGGGCCCGAUACGGGCUACUGGUUGUGGCCCACCUGCUAGCCCUGGGGCUUGGGGCUGCAGUGCUCCAGGCCCUGGAGGGGCCUCCAGCACUCCAGCUCCAGGCCAACCUCAGGGCUGAGCUGGCCACUUUCCAGGCGGAGUACAGGGCCUGCCUGCCACCCAGGGCACUGGAAGAGCUGCUGGGCACCGCCCUGGCAGCCCAGGCCCACGGGGUUUCCAGCCUGGGCAAUGGCUCCCAGGCCAGGAACUGGGAUCUGCCCUCAGCCCUACUCUUCACUGCCAGCCUCCUCACCACCACAGGUUAUGGCCACAUGGCCCCACUAUUGGCAGAUGGAAAGGCCUUCUGUGUGGUCUACACGGCCCUGGGGCUGCCAGCCUCCUUAGCACUUGUGGCUGCACUGCGCCACUGCCUGCUGCCUCUGCUCAGCCACCCGGGUGCCUGGGUAGCCAUCCAUUGGCAGCUGACGCCGGCCACAGCUGCGCUACUGCAGGCAUCUGGACUGGGCCUGCUAGUGGCUGGUAUCUUCGUGCUGCUGCCAGCACUGGUGCUGUGGGGUCUGCAGGGCGACUGCAGCCUGCUGGAGGCCAUCUACUUCUGCUUCAGCUCACUCAGCACCAUCGGCCUGGGGGACCUGCUGCCUGGCCGCGACCAUGGCCUGCAUCCAGUGCUUUACUACCUUGGCCAGUUCGCACUUCUGGGUUACUUGCUCCUGGGGCUCCUGGCCAUGCUGCUGACUGUGGAGAUGUUCUUGGAGCUGCCCCAGGUCCGUGCCAUGGUGAAGUUCUUCAGGUCCAGGGGCCCUCUGAACGCUGAGGACGAAGGUGGCAUCCUAGGCCAGGAUGAACUGGCUCUGAGCACCCUGCCACCCUCAGCAGCAGCCCCAGAACGGGCCCCAGCUUGCUGACAGAUGUCAGUGAUGGAGUUGAGCUCCUUUCAGGUGGAGGAGCCUGAGGAGGAAGCCAUCGGGAGUGGCUGGGAAAGCCACUAGGGGUGGGAGGGGAAGGGAUGGAUGUGAGGACCUCAGGGAAUAAUGUGUUAAUAAAAAAUAAAAUGGGCAACA